AUGCAUAGUGCGGAGAUUAUAGACGAAGCAGGCACGUCGGAAAAGGAUGAUAAGCCACUAACCUUGCCAUUUUACAAGCUUUUGAGCCAAGCAGAUAAGGUGGACUGGAUUUUGAUGGCUCUGGGCACCUUGGGAGCCAUUGUCCACGGCCUCGCGCAGCCUGUAGGGUAUUUCCUGCUGGGAAAAGCCCUUGAUGCCUUUGGUAAAAACAUCAACAAUACUGAUGAAAUGGUUAAGGCACUUUUUAAGGUCGUUCCAUACGUGUGGUACAUGGCUUUCGCGACAUUUCCAGCUGGAAUUCUAGAGAUAGGAUGCUGGAUGUAUGCAAGUGAAAGACAAGUACGUCGCAUAAGAUUAUCUUUCCUAAAAGCUGUACUUAGCCAAGAGAUUGGAGCAUUUGAUACUGACUUAACAAGCGGAAAGAUAAUCACUGGUAUCAGUAGCCAUAUGUUCGUCAUCCAAGAUGCCAUCGGAGAAAAGUUGGGGCAUUUCAUAUCAUGCUUCGCUACCUUCUUCUCUGGCGUCUUGAUUGCAUUCAUAGCCUGCUGGGAAGUGUCACUUCUAGCAAUAUUUGUUGUCCCCAUGAUUCUCGUAAUCGGGGCUACUUAUACGAAGAAGAUGAAUGCCGUUUCAGCAACAAGAAUGGUAUAUCUAUCGGAGGCCACUGCAAUGGUGGAACAGACAAUUUCCCACAUCAAGACUGUGUUUGCAUUUGUUGGAGAGAAUUCAGCAAUCAGAUCUUUCUCGGAAAGUUUACAGAAGCAGCUGGGAAUAAGCAGGACAGAAGCAUUUGUGAAAGGAUUUGGGACAGGACUGUUCCAAGUUGUGACAUUCUGUUCUUGGGCUCUUAUUGUGUGGGUUGGAGCUGUUGUUGUGACAGCCGGGAGAGCACUUGGAGGAGAUGUUAUUGCUGCUGUCAUGAGCAUUCUUUUUGGUGCUAUAUCCCUCACAUAUGCUGCACCAGACAUGCAACUCUUCAAUCAAGCAAAAGCAGCAGGGCAGGAAGUUUUUCAAGUGAUUGAAAGAAAGCCAAUGAUAUGCACAAACCACGAGGGAAAAGAACUGGAUGCCAUCAAAGGGAGCAUAUGUAUAAACGAUGUGCACUUUGCAUAUCCAUCCAGGAUGAAUACUCCAAUUCUUCGAGGAUUUUCAUUAUCGAUCCCAGCAGGAAAGGUGGUUGCAUUCGUUGGAAGUAGCGGAUGUGGCAAGAGCACCAUCAUGUCACUGAUAACAAGAUUCUAUGACCCAAUAGAAGGUUCUAUUCUCAUUGACAACUACAACAUCAAGGAUCUCGAUCUGAAGUUCCUCAGGAGAAACAUCGGAGUAGUUUCACAGGAGCCAUCACUUUUUUCUGGUAACAUCAAGGAGAACAUUCAGGCAGGAAACUGGGAAGCAGAUGAGAGUCAACUCCAGAAAGCAGCUCAAAUGGCAAAUGCACACUCUUUUAUAUGUGAUUUUCCAAAUCAAUACUUCACUGAGGUCGGACAAAGGGGUGUCCAGUUAUCAGGUGGACAGAAGCAGAGAAUAGCAAUAGCACGGGCCAUCCUAAAGAAUCCUCCAAUUCUUUUACUAGAUGAGGCCACCAGCGCCCUUGAUACAGAAUCAGAAAAGCUAGUUCAAGCAGCUCUCGAGACAGCAAUGCAAGGAAGGACAGUAAUUUUGAUAGCACACAGAUUAUCCACCAUUGUUAAUGCAGAUAUGAUUGCUGUGGUAGAAAAUGGAGUAGUUACAGAGACAGGACCACAUCCUCACUUGCUGACUAGCAACAAUUUUUACCGUAGCUUGUUUGAAAUGCAGAAUCUCAGCCAAGAUAGUGAUGCAAGAGUAGAGGACCCAAUGGAAGAUUUAGCAAGUAUAUAUACUGAUGCUUCAUCUCACUUCCCUGAUGAAUCUAGGGAAGCCAACAGAACUCCACAACUUUCUCCCAAUAAAGAAGAUCUCAAAGAAAGGAAGGAAAGGGCAGUAUUCUACAGAAUCUGGUUUGGCUUAAGGAAGAGAGAGAUUGUAAAGAUUUUUAUUGGCUCUUGUGGAGCUGCUCUUGCAGGAAUCUCUAAACCAGUCUUUGGGUACUUCAUCAUAACAAUAGGAGUUGCAUACUAUAAAGAUAAUUCAGAAAGCAGAGUAGGGAAGUACUCGAUCCUUUUUGCGUGUAUAGGAUUUUUGUCAUGCUUUGCCCAUACUGUGCAACAUUAUUUCUAUGGCUUGAUUGGGGAGCAGGCCAUGACGAACCUCAGACAAGCAUUAUAUUCAGCUAUACUACGAAAUGAGCUGGCCUGGUUUGAGAAGCCUCAAAACAGUGUAGGAUCAGUUACAUCACAGGUUAUCAACGAAACAGCAACAGUCAAAACAAUCAUAUCUGACCGUAUGUCCGUUAUUGUUCAAUGCAUCUCCUCCAUACUGAUUGCAACGGUAGUCAGCAUCAGAGUCAACUGGAGAAUGGGCCUAGUUGCUUGGGCCGUGAUGCCCUGCCACUUUAUCGGUGGACUGAUUCAAGCCAAGUCUGCAAAAGGAUUCUCAGCGGCAGCAAUGCUGCUUAUUCAGAACUGGACACAAAGCAUCAAAUAUGGGAUCAUUCAAGGUGUAUCACUUUGCUUGUGGAAUAUAGCUCAUGCUGUUGCAUUAUGGUAUACAACUAUCCUCGUUAAGAGAGGACAAUCUUCCUUUGAGAACGGAAUAAGAUCGUACCAGAUAUUUUCACUCACAGUUCCGUCAAUCACAGAAUUGUGGACAUUGAUACCUACUGUUUUCUCUGCUAUCAGUAUUCUGACCCCAGCAUUCCAUACCCUUGACCGACAGACUGAGAUUGAGCCAGACGAGCCUAAGCAACCACCUCGUAAAAGCAUUAAGGGGGAUAUUGAAUUUUCAAAUGUGAGUUUCACUUACCCCUCCAGACCAGAUAUGAUUAUACUCGACAACUUCAACUUGACAAUUGAAGCUGGAUCAAAAGUUGCUCUGGUUGGACCAAGUGGAGCAGGGAAAUCUUCUAUUCUAGCACUUCUACUCAGAUUUUAUGAUGUGAACGAAGGAGCGGUACUAAUUGACUGGAAAAAUGUGAAGAGUUACAACCUGAAAGUUCUGAGAGCACAGAUUGGCUUGGUGCAGCAGGAGCCACUUCUAUUCAGCUUCUCAAUCAGAGAAAACAUAUGCUAUGGAAAUGAAGGUGCUUCCGAAGCUGAAGUGAUACAGGCAGCUAUGGAGGCCAACAUCCAUGAAGUGAUUAGCAAUCUACCAAGGGGAUACGACACGUCAGUUGGGGAAAAGGGAUGCCAACUUUCGGGUGGACAGAAGCAACGGAUAGCAAUUGCAAGGGUUCUGCUGAAAAAGCCAGCGAUAAUGCUUCUCGAUGAAGCCACAAGUGCACUUGAUGCCGAGUCUGAAAGGGCUGUCAUCAAUGCUCUGGAGUCACUGAAACAGAAUACAACAAAUAUUACAGUUGCACACAGGCUUUCAACUGUAAUCAACUCGGACACCAUAUUUGUUAUGGACAAGGGGAAAGUUGUUGAAAUGGGCACCCACGCAAACCUUGUUACAGCAAGUGAGGGAGUCUACUCGAAACUUUAUAGGCACCAGAGUUUUGCAGGAAAUUGAAGAGUCUACAUUUGUAUUGAUUAUACGGAAUUCAGAGUGGAUCGUUACUCAUUAACUGUUCUAAAGACUGUCAAAUU